AUGGCCAGCGCCGGGCAAGUGCCGCCAGCCCCAAAGCAGCUGCGCUGUGCCGUGGAGGGGUCCCCAUGGCCCUGCCCCACGCGGCACUGGGAGCACCAGUCCGGACCAGUGCGGAGCACGGUCCAUUCCAGUCCCUUCCCGGCAGCCAACGCCGUUUCCCAGAUCCUUCUGCCCCCCACCCCCCAAAGCUGCCCCCCCGCCCCCAAGAUGCUGACGGGGAUCGGGGACUUCGUGUUGGGCUUCAUCUUCCUGGCGCUGGGGCUCGGCUUCUACCUGUGCAAGCAGGUGCCAAAACCCCAGGGAGACUCCUUGGAAAUGGGGGUAGAGAGGAGCCCUUCAAAGGGAAACGGGUGCAAAAAUGCUCCCAAUGGCCGAGCGGGUUUGGUGUGGCUGCGGGAGGAAGAGAUGCUCCGGGACUCCGCCUCGGCCCCGGAGCGGAGCGGCCCUGCCUGGCUCCUGGGCACCAUCGCCAGCCCCUGGCUCCGGCUGGCCCGACCCCGACCCCCACCGCGACCUCGACCCCGGCCCCGGCCUCGGCUCCUCCCGGGGCCCGCCGGGGACACAGGCGGCGCGGCCGCUCCCGCCGCCUCCGCAGCGUCUUCCCCGCUCCGAGCUCCGCCGCUCUUGAGCGCGGCCGCCGGCCCCGAGCCGCCGGUGUCCGCUUCAAAAGAGCCAACAUGUGGGGAUGGCCGGCCCGGGGCGGUUGAGCGGCGCUCGGGGGCCGUUCCUGGCCCCGGGCCGAGCGCUGACGGCCGCGUCUCGCCGGCACGGAAGGCGCAGCAGGGCCUGAAGGAGCGCUACCGGCUGGGUUCGCUGCUGGGGCGCGGCGGCUUCGGCAGCGUCUUGGCGGCGACGCGGCUCUCGGACGGCGCCCCGGUGGCCAUCAAACGGGUGCCACGGAACCGCAUCCACCAUUGGGGCCGGCUGCCCGACGGCACCCGAGCACCACUGGAGAUCGUGCUGCUGCACAAGGUGUCCGCUGGCUUCCCCGGCAUCGUCCAGCUCCACGAGUGGCUGGAGCUCCCCAACAACGUGGUGAUGGUGCUGGAGCGCCCGGAGCGGUCUCAGGACCUCCUUCACUUCAUUCGGGCACGGCGCUUCCUGUGCGAGGAGGUGGCGCGGCACCUGUUCCGCCAGGUGCUGGAGGCCGUGCGGCACUGCACCAGCUGCGGGGUCCUGCACCGGGACAUCAAACCGGAGAACAUCCUGCUUGACCUGGCCACCGGGCAGGCCAAACUCAUCGACUUUGGCUGUGGCACCUACCUGCAAGCCGCAGCCUACACCAGCUUUGCAGGAACACCGUCCUACAGGCCCCCAGAAUGGAUCCAGUUCGGCUGGUACUACGGCGAGGCAGCGACCGUCUGGUCCCUGGGCAUCGUGCUGCACCAGAUGGUCUGCGGGGAGCAUCCUUUCAGGAGGGGCUGGAACAGCACCUGGGGCCGGCUCUCGCUCCCACGACGGCUCUCUCCAGAGUGCCAGGAUCUCAUCCAACAGUGUUUAUCCGUGCUCUCCUCGGAAAGGCCCUCAUUAGAAGACCUGUCCUGUGAUCCUUGGAUGCAGGGUAUUCACGUGCCAUAGGAGAAGGGAGAGAGCCACACGCACGCUUUGACCCAGGGAGCCGCAACAGCCGGGGCCCUGGGCAG